GCGUUCACCCAUACCAUUUUAUCAUAAAAACGCUAUCAGCCCUAAAAAUCCUCAGUCAAAGUGUAUACGCUAUAAUUAGAACAUAGACAAACGUCUGUAAGAAGAAAAUGCCAAAAAGUAACAAAAAAAGGGCUCAAAGUUUUGCACAAAAUCAUCGCCGAACAUUUUUACGAAUAAUCCCGAGUUAUGAUCGGAUUCUGUCGGCUCGUUCUCAUUUGCAUAAUUUAUGCAAGUUAUCCCAAAAUGCUGCGCGACUUAAAUCAACAACAACAUUGAUGUCAACUGACAAAAAUCACAUGUUAACUACGCUAUGUCUUCGUCUUCUUCGAGCAACACAGAUGUUUCUAUUACUUCAGGAAUGUCACACUCACCAGAGUUGCCCUCCGAGAGGUAGGGGGAGAGGAAAUAGGGGUGCACGAGGAGUUGGAGGACGAAGCCAAGGAGGAGCACGAGGUCGUGGCAGAGGUCGGGGAAGAGGAAGGGGAAGAGGAACCACUGUACAGGUUGAGUCUGAUGUCCCAGUAGGUGCAAGCAGACAAGAUCAGCAGCAGAUUUUGAUGGAUGAGAUUCGUGCGAUGACGAGGGAAGAAUUGGAGGAUCUUCUUCUGAAUACUGUGCAAAUAAAUCCAGGCCUCAUGUUUUUUGUUAUGAGGCCAGGUGUGGUACCAGAAGGGGGCUUUCACCCACCAGGAGGACAGCCGACACCGCCUUGGUGCAGCUGUCAAAAAUGUCGUGACAUGCCAACUGCAGUCGAGCGUGUAUGCUGUGGCAAAAGAAUUUGUGUCACUCAAACUCCACAAUUUGAUACAUUGGUGCUAGACGAGCGUGUUCUGUCGCUUGCUCGCAUGAUGCGAAGGGACAUACUUGUGUUCCCCGAUGAACAGCUUGGUGAAGGGGAAGACGAUUAUAAUGCUGCCAACCGCUACUACGCCUACACCAACUACACAUUGUGGAAGCAUGGACGUUUGGGUGCUGGUGUUAGAAUUCCUCUGCCAGCCUGUGCUGUUUGGAGAAUCCGUGAUAAGUUUCCCCAUCCAUAUGGGCAGUACACGGGCUUUAAACCCUCAAGAGUUUAGAAAUUAGAAUAAUGUUUUAUGUAUACUAGUAACCUUGCUCUCAUGAUUAACAUUUUGGUAAUAUAUGCUUAAUGACUAUAAUAUUAUAUACAUGUAGUUUGAGUAAUUGUCUUUACUUUCUGCUCUUGCAAGAAAUGAUAAAAAAAGUUAAUUUAUAAGCUUGCAAUAUAUAUACAGUCAGCUAGAAUAAAAUAUGCCAGUAUUAGCAAUAAAUCACAUAUUUAGAACCACAAUGACUAUUCAUAAUAUGAGAUGUGUCAUGACA